UAAUAAUUUUGGUUGAUUGUUCGUUGACAGAGGGUGCUAGUUGCGUUUUUUUGUCAUAUGUCACGCGGUCAGCUGACUGAUCUCGUGAAGUACAUGAAAAUAGUGCAAAAAAAUGUCUUCGAAGGAUAAACUGGCGAUAUUCCCCUCCCGAGGGGCUCAAAUGUUAAUGAAAGCGAGGCUGAAGGGGGCCCAAAAGGGUCACAGUCUGCUCAAAAAGAAAGCCGACGCGUUGCAAAUGCGUUUCCGUAUGAUUUUGAGCAAAAUUAUUGAGACCAAGACCCUUAUGGGCGAAGUAAUGAAAGAAGCGGCGUUUUCGUUGGCCGAGGCUAAAUUUGCAACGGGGGAUUUCAAUCAAGUUGUCUUGCAGAACGUCACAAAGGCCCAAAUUAAAAUCAGGACUAAGAAAGAUAAUGUGGCUGGUGUGACUUUGCCUGUCUUUGAAUGUUACCAGGACGGGACUGACACUUACGAGUUGGCCGGUUUGGCCAGAGGGGGCCAACAAUUGGCCAAACUCAAGAAGAAUUACCAAAGCGCUGUAAAACUUCUCGUCGAGCUUGCGUCAUUACAAACGUCCUUCGUCACUCUAGACGAAGUUAUCAAAAUCACAAACAGAAGAGUAAAUGCUAUUGAACACGUAAUUAUUCCGAGAAUUGAGCGCACUUUGGCCUACAUCAUCUCUGAACUGGACGAAUUGGAACGUGAGGAAUUCUACCGUUUGAAAAAAAUCCAAGAUAAGAAGAAAGUCGCUCGUGCUAAGUCCGAUGCCAUACAGGCCGAUAAUAAAGCUCGACAACGAGCGGCUGAUGAUGCGGCUGAUAAUGUGGCCAAUAUGCUAGAUGAAGGAGACGAGGAUCUUCUUUUUUAAUAUAAUUUUCUAAGUGUUGUAUAAAUUUCUGUACAAAGUUGCAUAACUUUGAUAUUACGUGUUUCACUAUAGCUAAGUAUUAAUAAGUUUGUUCAAUGCUGAAAAACACGGUCAGUUGCGAAGUUUAGGGGUUGGUUUCACAUUAGAGCUAUAAGUGAAAAUUCCAUUUUUUUCUAGUUUGUUGAUUUUAAGCGUUAUUAAUGUAUAAUUACAAUUAUUGAGAUCAAUAUAAUAGUUGACACGA